CAAACACUGAAUAUCGAUGAGGGUGAAAGAACAAAAUUAAAGGAAGUAAUUACAGAUGACAUCCGACACACUGAAGCGACGUCAACAGGAGAUAACACUGAUGAGUCUCAAACACUGAAUGUCGAUGAGAAUAAAACAACAGAAUUAAAGGAAGUAAUUACAGAUGGCAACCAACACAGCAGGCCCCAGGAGUCCGCAUUACACAUCCAUGGUAACUGUGGUAAUCUUCAAACUGGACCAAAUAAUAAGGUCAUUGCGGUCAGUCCACAGAGCGAACAGAAGCAGAUAGUUGGGAAUAAUCAUAUUGCUGCUGGUGACGAUGAUAUAACUGAAGUGAAAACACCCCAAGGCGCCACAAAUGAAGAUGUUUCACUUAGUGAGCAGGCUCAUAUAGAAAUACCAGCGGAUCAAAAAGAGAAUUUACAUUUUUAUUAUGAUGAAGAUACGACUAUUAUUAGUAUAGGACCUUGUUGUUCCAUAGUAAAGAUUAUUAUCAACAAACAAAUAUUUGAACGAAUUAAUUCCAGAGAAUUUAAAAUUAAUGUUGACAAUACAAAUCUUGUCUCGAUAUCUUGGCCAGCUGAUGAGGACCAGGGUGAAACUACCGUGAACACCAACUGGAAAAUAGAAUUCCUGAACCAACAAGAAGAGGACGCCCAGCUUGAGACGGCCAUUUUGAACAUUAUCCAGGGAGAUCAAUUCAAGAAAUUACGUGAACUAGUUUUAAAAUUGAUAGAAAGAUUCCAUGCCAAACUUCAACACAUUAAUACGGGUUGUAUCAUGUUAAUCGUGUCACAUGAUAACCGAGAACGUGCUCAAAAUAUGCUGGACAAUAAAGAUCAGGUUGAGCAGAUACUUAAGGAGACAAUCCUACCUAAGAACGCUGCCAUAAAGUGUACGUGCAAUAUCGCUGAACAAAGAGGAAAUGACAUUCAAAUGUCUCAAUCUACACCAAACAAACGGGAAAAAGCCCAUCUCUGGGCUCAUAGAACAAGUUAUAUAGAGAAAGAUAAUAUUUCACAUGAAAGAGGUCUUGCCAGAGGUAAAACUGACCGGGUACAAGGAACAAAACAUCGAGCUUCACCUGUCAGACAUCAAUAUUCACUGCCGAUUGGAUUCGAAGAACAUUUGCCCGGAAAUUUCCAAGCGAAUACAUCCUUCAGUUUCGAGGAAGCUGUCGUCAAUGGACAGCACAUCCUGCAGAAGAACAGUACGUUGUUUAUCUGUGGUAAACCAGGAUGUGGUAAAACAUAUUUGGCUGAACUGAUGACCAAACAGUUAAUGACCAGCAAUCCAGGUUACCAACACAUCAAUGUAACAUCACCUGAACAACUAAGAAAGGCGUGUACAGAACAUACUGGGAAUCUGUUUUUAAUUGACAUCCCACAUUCUAAUUGUGAGUUACAAAUGUUACUGGAGUACGUUCUUGUUAUUGAAGAAUGUUUAAAUUUUAGGAACUUAACGACACAUAGUCAAAUUAAAUGUAUAUUAACCAGUACUGGAAUACCACCUGACGAAUUCUCCACAUUUAAAUUAUUCCGACAGGGUACUGUAAUAAAUUUGAACAAGUUGAAAUACAGCCAAGGGGAAUUUAAAAAUAUAUGUAAACCAGGUGGUGGCACCGUGUCUUUGAUAAACGAGUUGUACACGAGCGAACACUUUAAGUCUCUGUGUGCGGGAAGAUUGGGCUUGCCACUCAUAAUUCAGUUAAUGGAAUAUCAGCUUGAAAUGAGUUAUAACAUUAAAGAUCUCCAAAACCUCCUGGAUGAACUAGUUGAAAAGUGCGAAAAGGAGGAGCCAGAUAGGUUUAUUGCUCUUGUUGCCCUGUUUCUUGUUGGUGGAUCUCUAUCAAAAGAAAAUACAUCAGCUUUAGAGGAGGCAGUGGAUUUGUUGAAUAGGGUGUACCCGAAUGAACAAACGGUAAAAAAUGUUGUUAAAACCUUGUCUGCUCAUUCAUCAGAUUCUUGGAGUUUAUAUUCCCAUGACAAGACCACGGACGUCUUUAGAUUUAAACAUGCCAUAUAUGGAAAAGCUUACUUUCAAAGAUUUUCUCAGAGAAAUAUGGAAGCAGUAAUGAUGAACUGUUCCAGUAACAUACUGCUACAUCUUAGUCCAUCUAACUAUAGGAGUGAAGAUCCUUUUGCAUCCGUGGUGGACGCUGAUCAUUAUGAUUUGUUGAUAACCAGAUUUCAGAGUCUUCCAACAGAUCAGAUAAAUUUUUUAUUUGUCUUGGAUCACAUAUUUUUGGGUAAAUUUAUGGGAAGUCUUCAGAUGUCGAAAAUUAUGGAAUAUUUUUCUGCGCAACCUACUUUAGGAAGUGUUCAGGGUUCACAGCAAAGCACAUACCCGACAACGUUUUGGCGCUAUAUUUUUCUCUUUGGUUCUGCGGAAGUUUGCAAAAUAUGCAUUGAGAUUAUACACCGAUGUCAGAUGAAGUCCGCGGUGUUUGUAGAUGCUAAGGGAAGAACGCCCUUACAUUUUGCGGUUGAGUCUCCAAUUUGCGGGGAGGAUAAGGUUAUAUUAUUGAUGGAAAACAAGAUUACUAAUAUAUAUUUCGAUAUUGACCAUAAGGACGAAAUGGGAAAUACAGCAUUACAUAUAGCUGUUUUGCUGGAUCGUGUUGAAGUCGUUAAAGCUCUUCUGACUAACGGCUCAAACCCACGUCUUACCAACAAUGACAAUUUAUCAGCUUUCGAUAUGGCCGUGGAAAGAGGGUUAAUAGACAUACUUAAAUAUCUUCUAAAAUAUAGUCCAGAUAACCAAGCAUAUUUAAAUGAACUUUUAAUCAUGGCUGCCAAAUAUCGUCACACGACUAUAGUCAAAUUAUUACUUUACAAUGGCGCCGAUUCCAAUCAGAUUACGCCUGAUGUCAUAGAUGAUUUAAGGAAACAAAACGACUUGGAAAUACUCAAUAUGUUAGACGCCGCUACAUCUCAUCAGAGACCUCCUGUAGGCCUAUCACAAUCCCUGUCUGCACUGAUGCCUCAACCAAUACUCCAAGAAAGACCUCAGUUCCGGAGCCAGCAAAGUUUUUUCCCAAGUUACCAAAUAGAGGAACCCCCGCUUCACACUGCCAUUAGAACUAAUGUUAAUGAAGCUGAACUACGGCAGUUUGUACAGGACGAGGGAAGUGUUGCGUCUAUUGAUGUCAAUGGAGAUAGUGCAUUGCACAUAGCAGUCCAAUACCACAACAUCAUGGCAGUUCAAAUGUUCACUGAAUACGGUGCAGAUGUUGAUAUUGAAAACCCCAAUGGUGACCGACCUCUCCAUAUGGCCUGUAGAUCCAAUCAAUCAUCUGUUGCGCAUGUCCUUAUUGAGAAAGGUGCCACUGUUGAUUGUGAAAACAAUGAUGGGAAUACUCCUUUACACAUUGCUGUACGAUUCAGUGACGUUCAACUUGUUCACUUGAUCAUUUGCUCUUCUGCAAUCAAUCGGGCGAAUAAAGAUGGCGACACACCUAUUCACGUAGCUGCUAAAUAUGGAAGGGUUAACAUUAUUAAUUAUCUAAUAAACGUCAAGGGUCUAAAUAUAGCCGCACUGAAUAAAAGACGCGAGACUCCUUUACAUGCAGCAAUUAUUUCCAAAAAAGACGACACAGCAAUGAUUCUAAUAAACAAAAUGGAAAACUUGGAAAUAUUAGACGUCGACGGUUCGUCGUGUGUGCAUUUAGCUGUUGAGCAUUGUUCAUCAUCAAGGGUCUUAGAAUCUCUUCUGGAAAGAGGCGCAGAUACCAACAGCAUAAACCACCUUGGCGAAACUCCAUUACAUAUUGCUGCUAAAUCGAACAAAGCCGACGCAACAAAGGUACUUAUUAAAAACCGUUGUGAAGUUAACAGUGGGUGCCUAGAUGGAAACACACCAUUACAUUUAGCGGCUAAAAACGGUAGUUUGGAAGUUGUUAAUAUACUUUUAACUCAUAACGCCGUUGAUUAUGAGGCGUCUAAUAAAGACAGAUACACGGCUUUGCACUAUGCUAUCCGACAAGAAAUUCAGACAGCACUCGAGAAUAAGGGAUGUAAUAAAACUAGAAAAUCUCAGUGCAGCCUUAUGUAAACAUUUAAUUUUAAAAGCAUCAGGGCGUCUACUAUUUUACUGUAAAGGCUGCCAAUACAAUCAAAUCAGGACACACAAUAACAGAACGAGGAUGAUAACAUGACCCCUUAACCAUAAAAUGGCGCCUUGACCAUAAAAUCGCAACUUGGCCAUAAAAUGGUUCUCGUGACGAUAAAAUGAUCCCUUGACCAUAAAAUGGCCCCAGGACUAUAAAUGGCCCCAGGACUAUAAAAUAUAAAAUGUAUAAGUGCAAGUGGAAUAAAUAUUAUUCUUUUGACAUACAUCAAGAUGUAAGACACUUGUCGAAAUAUAAGUGACAUAGGUGUAGGGCAAGUUACAGAAUUUGAUAGUUUCGGUCACCCAGAAUCUUCUAGUCUUCGCAGUACAAAUGGUCUGGGGCGAAAUAUGGCGAAAUUUACUGGAUAAUCAACCACAUAAAAAAACUGUCGGUUACGCAUGGGCAAUGGAAAUUUUUAGCUAAAGUCAAUGCGACGACGAAUUAAGAUUAAUAAAAAAAAUUAUGAAUGUUGGAUAUAUUGAACAAGCAAUGCAAAUAGGUUUUUCUGAAAUGACAAUUCUUAAAUUAAAAUCAUGGGCGUCGACAUCUUGUUUUACAGAUAGUUAUCUCCCUUAGAUUGUGUUCAUGGUAAUGAACAACCAAUCCAGAGUAAUAUUCAUAGAAUAAUUGUCUGAAUAUUAGAGACUAAGGAUUUUAGGUAUUGUAAAAGAUGCAUUAUGUAAGAGCUAAA